CUCUACAGGAAGUCCGGUGUUGAAGAUGGCUCUGUUGUCUACGGGCCAGUAACAGGGGUCCUGUCUCUUCUCUUGGCCUCGUUCCGACCCCGAACAGUGCGGGUGAGACCGCGGAGGCGAUUUCGCUCGCCGCCAUGCACGACGCCUUCGAGCCGGUUCCGAUCCUAGAAAAACUGCCUCUGCAAAUUGACUGUCUGGCUGCCUGGGAGGAAUGGCUGCUUGUUGGAACGAAACAAGGUCAUCUUCUUCUCUAUAGGAUUCGGAAGGAUGUUGUGUCAGCAGAUGUAGCAUCACCUGAGAGUGGCAGUUGCAACAGGUUUGAAGUGACACUAGAGAAAUCCAAUAAGAACUUUUCCAAAAAGAUUCAGCAGAUCCAUGUGGUUUCCCAGUUUAAGAUUCUGGUCAGCUUGUUAGAAAAUAAUAUUUAUGUCCACGACCUACUGACAUUUCAACAAAUCACCACAGUUUCCAAGGCAAAGGGAGCAUCACUGUUCACAUGUGACCUCCAGCACACAGAGACUGGUGACGAGGUGUUGCGGAUGUGUGUGGCCGUGAAAAAGAAGCUGCAGCUCUAUUUCUGGAAAGACAGGGAAUUUCAUGAAUUGCAGGGGGACUUUAGUGUACCAGAUGUACCCAAGUCCAUGGCCUGGUGUGAAAAUUCUAUCUGUGUGGGCUUCAAGAGAGACUACUACUUAAUAAGGGUGGAUGGAAAGGGGUCCAUCAAAGAGCUCUUCCCAACAGGAAAACAGCUGGAGCCCUUAGUUGCACCUCUGGCAGAUGGAAAGGUGGCCGUAGGUCAAGAUGAUCUCACCGUGGUGCUCAAUGAGGAGGGGAUUUGCACGCAGAAGUGUGCCCUCAACUGGACGGACAUUCCAGUGGCCAUGGAGCACCAGCCUCCCUACAUCAUUGCAGUGUUGCCUCGAUAUGUAGAGAUCCGAACAUUUGAGCCAAGGCUUCUGGUCCAGAGCAUUGAAUUGCAAAGGCCUCGUUUCAUUACCUCGGGAGGAUCAAACAUUAUCUACGUGGCCAGCAACCAUUUUGUUUGGAGACUCAUUCCAGUCCCCAUGGCAACCCAAAUCCAGCAGCUUCUCCAGGACAAGCAGUUCGAAUUGGCUCUGCAGCUCGCAGAAAUGAAGGAUGAUUCUGACAGUGAAAAGCAGCAACAGAUCCAUCACAUCAAGAACUUGUAUGCCUUCAACCUCUUCUGCCAGAAGCGUUUUGAUGAGUCCAUGCAGGUCUUUGCUAAGCUUGGCACAGAUAUGAAAAAUAACAGGACUUAUGGGAAGAAUAACAUUGGAGCAGACCUUGGAAAACCUAGACAACUUUAUCCUACCCAUGUGAUGGGCUUGUACCCAGACCUGCUACCCACAGACUACAGGAAGCAGCUGCAGUAUCCUAACCCGCUGCCUGUGCUCUCUGGGGCUGAGUUGGAGAAGGCUCACUUAGCUCUGAUUGACUACCUGACACAGAAACGAAGCCAGUUGGUGAAGAAGCUGAAUGACUCUGAUCACCAGUCUAGCACCUCCCCGCUCAUGGAAGGCACGCCUACCAUCAAAUCCAAGAAGAAGCUGCUGCAGAUCAUUGACACCACGCUGCUGAAGUGCUACCUGCACACGAACGUGGCCCUGGUGGCUCCCCUGCUGCGCCUGGAGAACAAUCACUGCCACAUCGAAGAGAGUGAGCACGUGCUGAAGAAGGCUCACAAGUACAGCGAGCUGAUCAUCCUGUAUGAGAAGAAGGGACUCCACGAGAAAGCUCUGCAGGUGCUGGUGGACCAGUCCAAGAAAGCAAAUUCCCCUCUGAAAGGCCAUGAAAGGACAGUGCAGUACCUGCAACAUCUGGGCACAGAAAACCUGCACUUGAUUUUUUCCUACUCAGUGUGGGUGCUGAGGGAUUUUCCAGAGGAUGGCCUGAAGAUAUUUACUGAAGACCUCCCAGAGGUGGAGUCUCUGCCACGAGACCGAGUGCUUGGCUUCUUAAUAGAGAAUUUUAAGAGUCUGGCUAUUCCUUAUCUGGAACAUGUCAUCCACGUUUGGGAGGAGACGGGCUCCCGGUUCCACAACUGCCUGAUCCAGCUUUACUGUGAGAAGGUGCAAGGUCUGAUGAAGGAAUAUCUCCUGUCCUUCCCUGCAGGCACAGCUCCAGUCCCUGCUGGUGAGGAAGAGGGAGAACUGGGAGAAUAUCGACGGAAGCUCCUCUUAUUCUUGGAAAUUUCUGGCUACUAUGAUCCAGCCCGGCUCAUCUGUGAUUUUCCUUUUGAUGGCCUCUUAGAAGAGCGUGCUCUUUUGCUGGGACGCAUGGGGAAACAUGAACAAGCUCUCUUCAUCUAUGUCCACAUCCUGAAGGACACGAGGAUGGCUGAAGAGUAUUGCCACAAGCAUUAUGACCAAAACAAAGAUGGCAACAAAGAUGUGUACCUGUCCCUGCUCCGGAUGUACCUGUCACCCCCCAGUGUCCACUGCCUGGGACCAAUCAAGCUGGAACUGCUGGAGCCACAAGCCAACCUCCAGGCUGCCCUGCAGGUUCUCGAGCUGCACCACAGCAAACUGGACACCACCAAGGCCAUCAAUCUUCUGCCAGCAAAUACUCAGAUUAAUGAUAUACGCAUCUUUCUGGAAAAGGUCUUGGAAGAGAAUGCACAAAAGAAACGGUUCAAUCAAGUCCUCAAGAACCUUCUCCACGCAGAGUUCCUGAGGGUCCAGGAGGAGCGGAUCUUACACCAGCAGGUGAAGUGCAUCAUCACAGAGGAGAAGGUGUGCAUGGUGUGUAAGAAGAAAAUUGGGAACAGUGCAUUUGCAAGAUACCCCAACGGAGUGGUCGUGCACUACUUCUGCUCCAAAGAGGUCAACCCGGCCGACACCUGAGUCCAACAAGCCGAGGAUUUAAGCAGUGGACAGCUUGGCUAUCCCAGAGCAGGGAUGGGCCCCAGUCCUGGAAAUCGGGGGCUGCUGCCACCCCCUGGUGUCUCCCCACUUGGACACUACUGGCUACCUUGCGCCCUGGAACAUCUCUGAAUUAAUCAGACUCAUGUUCUGGCAUUGCCAGAUUUUUAAUAGAAAAAGAGAUUAGUUACACCUUAUACACCAUUAUGUUACAGACAAUUCUGGAGAAUUUAACACCUGCUGGGACAGGAGGCGGUGGGAACGGGUGCUGCCCUGCCAUUGCAUUCUGAUCACCUGAGUGAGGAAACUGUCUCAAGUGUUUGUAACCCCAGGGUUGUUUAUUCAGAGUUUUCUAUUAAGAUACAUGCAGGACUUCACCGGAGCCCUCAGCUCGGCUUCCUGGAGUCCCAUGAGGAAAGCAGUGCCAGAGCUCUUCUGGCUGCAAAAGCCCAACGGCUCAUCCUCUGGGUAAUGCUGGUCACUUUGUAGUCACUGACCCUGUGUCCUCCCCACCAGCCUCGCCACCUGGCUUUUUAUUUUCCAGUCUCCUCUUUCUAUUUAUUUUCUUCCUCUAUCCCUCCCGACACUGCUCUACCCAGGCUUUCUCUCCCAUUUUCCUGACACCGGGAAUAACUAAUAAAUUUAAACAAGGUCAAAUGA